UACACUCUACUCGCAUUCACACUCACAACAGGCACAAUGGCCACCGCCGUCUCCAAAAAGGCCAUUUCCAAGGCUGCAAAGGCCACACAGCUCAAUAAAUACACCGUCCAACCGCAAGGCUUUUGGGGCCGGAUACACCGAUUCUUCGCCCUCGACCCAGGCCGAUCGUCGGGUGUGCCUCUAAACCCUCACUUUCGCAAUCCUCCUCCCGCCGCAAACGACCCGACCGAGUACAUUGAUCCUGUGACCUCGCCUGCAGGAGACAUUGCCGAGAAUCCAUACUGGAAGCGCGACGUACGAAGAUCGUAUCCCCGGCUAUCGACCGUGACGCAGUCAGAUGUGGUGGGCCUGUUGACUGUGGGCUCUGCUGCUGCGCCCAAGGAGACGCUGAAGCUGGGAGAUGCGGGCAAGACGCAGCUGGUAGAGGUGAAGGAGGAGGGUGAGAAGGGCUUGAGCACGUACUUUGAGAAGAAUAAGCAGGUCUUCAGCAACGUACUGGGACCCAAUGGACUGCCGCCGCUCCCCACGAGCAUGCACCGGGGCACGCACGCCAAGACGGGCGCCUACGCCUUGAUCAAGGACACGGAGCAGACAUAUGGACCCGAAUAUCCAUGUCGGACCUUUGUAUAGGUGCAGUGCAGUGCAGUGGAGUUACAGUGCAGUAUGGCGUAGAAGGGAGAUAGGUGGGUAAGUGAGUGAGUGAGUGAGUGAGCGAGCAGCGGCAAUGGUGAAUGAAUGUACGUACAAGACCUACGGACAUUCACAUACAUACCUACAAUGGAAGGAUUGGAACAUAUAC